AAUGACUUCACAUCCGAGUUUGAAACACAUUUUGACCUGAAGUCGGUACCAUGGCGGACGUGAAAGCCAUCCAGAUUCUGGACGGGAAUAUUGCGAAGUUUAAGGCUCUGCCCGCACCGCCUGAGGACGAUGAUAAGUUCGAAUCCUACAAAGACAACUUGGAAAAGCUUAUUAAGAUGGCCGUCUCGGACGUGACGCAGAUAAGCGACUACGCUGAGAGGAUCCUGCAGAGACUGCGCGAGCUCAGGGACAGGAUACCAGAGGAAAUACGGAGGAUAAAGGAAGUCGUCGAGAAGAAGGUUCAGCAACAGACGAAAGAAUUCAAGGAGCGGCCAAUGAGUGGCGACUGCGUCCCGGGGAGGUAUCUGAGACAGUUGCAGUCGAUACAAAAAAUUGCGACCAAUACCAAGCACUUAAUGGACAGCCGACUUGCAGAGCUUAUCAGCGAGACGGAGCGUCUGUUUGCGAAGAUCAAGGACGGGGUUUCUCUGACGAUGGAAGACAUGGAUUUUCUGAAAGGUUGCACAGAUGCAUGGGUUAACAGCAAAAGUAAAAGUUUUGAAGACGAGAAGCGUGAUAAAGAGAGAGAGGAAGAACAGAAGAAGAGAUUUGAAGAAGAGGAGAAGGACAGAGAAGAAAAGCGAAGGAUCGCGGAGCAGAAAGCCGAAGAACAACGGAAGAAGCAACUUGAAGAAGAAAAAAGGAUGGAGAUAGAGAGGCGUAUUGCCCAGGAAAAGGCUGACGAAGAGGCAAGACGCCGCGACCCUAACAAUUGGAAAACUGUCAUAUACAAAGACAAAGUGGAUGAUCUUAAAAGUCCCUCUAACGGUAUUAAAGCCGCAGUUUCCUUCGCCGACAACGAAAUGUACGAAGAAGACAUUCAGUGUUUGGCAAGUGACGAUCUUGACGGUUACAAGGCUGUACUGGGAAAAGAAGAAAAGGCUGUCAGUAGAAUUAUAAGCAUAAACGCGAAGAAAGGAAACUUGGGAGCAGAAAUACCUAUCCGCGUAUUUAUUCCACACGUGACAUCCGAUAAUAAAGCAGAAGAAGUGGUCAUUAAACACAGCAUCAACGGAUGCAAAUGGGUAACAAAAGAAGUUUUACAAGCUACGGAGAACGUUCACAAAUCAUGCGGUGCAUAUGACGUCACACUGGCUGGUGUAGAACUGCGUGACGUCACCAGCUGCAGGCUCGUUGCCGUUACCCGUCCGGCGGUGCAAACUGUCACGGUUAAUAAGCAAGAGGCCCUCAUUGGUUCCGACGUUGAUUCCAGCGUUCAAGUGCUGAUCGAAGAGGGGACAUUCCAAGAUUCCAGUAGCAUCGAACUGAAGGUACAUCCUAUACGUUUGGUGGAUAGGGAUGCAUGCAUGCUAAAUGAUAAGCAAUGGACGCAAGUACAGAGUUCCACAUCCAUGGUGUCGAUGACAUGUGCAUCCCCGCCAGCAAGACACAUCAAAGUGGCAUUUUCGGAUGUUCACCAAUUAGGCAGCAAGUCAGCGGACCGCCGUGUCCAUCUCUGCCAGACGGACGACUCAGACUGGAAACUCGCGGAUUUCGAGUACAGAGCGUCGAUUGGAACAACUCUACUGUUACUUCCACCAAACCGGAUGGCAUACAGGGUCGUUGAUAUCGGGAUUAGUGGCGGCAUGUCGGACAAAGAUGUACUAAAAGUCAUAGCCACCUUUCAAACCGCUAAUGGUACAGCGGCAAAAUUAAUUUUCCGUCAGAAACGUGAGAACCCAAAAAUUGCUACACUGCUCGUUUCUGAAAGUCAUCUUGUAGAUGAAAACAUUGCACAACUCAAAUCAAGCGGAUACGAUUUCGGACCAGAACCAAGCAAAGAAGUGUGCCUCUCGGAAGGUCAGACUAUGAACAUAUCAUCAGAAGGAUGCGUGGACUUGCGUCAAGUAGACCAAGAUAAGUUAAAUCACACAUUCUUCGCCUACAUGAAUCCAGUCAAUCUGCGUCUUUCCAUUGCCUACCAGAAAGAUUUCAGGGCCCUCCGAGCGUCUGGCGAGCCCUAUGACGGUUACAUUGUUGUAACUUUGAAAAGCGAAGCUGGUGAGCCGUUAGAUACCGUGCGACUUGGCAUGUCUUUUGAGGGCAUUCAGGAACGUGACUACGGAGGAAUGUACACAGCUCGAUCUGACAAGCUGAAUCCUUCCAAGGCCAAACCGCUUACAAAACCACAACCUAGGAAAAAGUAGAUUUAGCAUGUCUAGAAAAUACUGUAACGUAUCGUCCGAAGAUAAAACCAUAAUCAAACUCAUGUUUUGUUCUAAGAGCAAAACUAUACUUAUAUAAGACUUUGGCUUUACUUGUGUACUCAUUGUGUUUUAUGUGUGUUUUUUCAAAAACUUUUAAUGGUUUUCUGAUCCAAUAUUUGAUUUUAAGCUCGGCUGUUUUCAGAAAACCCCCGAGGUAUUGUCAUAGACAGCUCGUCGUCCGCCGUCCGGCUUCUGCCGUCCGCGUCGUGCUAAACCUUAACAUUGGCUCUAAAUUCAAAGUGCCUCCACCUAAAACUUUGAAACUUCAUAUGUAGCUGCACCUUGAUUAGUUCUUCACGCCACACCCAUUUUUGGGUCACUAGGUAAAAGGUCAGGGUAACUGUGACCUCUCAUAUAAAACUUUACCAUAGGUUCUAAAAUCAAAGUGCUUCCACCUACAACUUUGAAACUUCAUAUGUAGAUGCACCUUGAUCAGUUCUACACGCCACACCCAUUUUUGGGUCACUAGGUAAAAGGUCAAGGUCAAUGUGACCUCUAAUAUAAAGCUUAAACAUAUGUAAAAGUCCUAAAAAUGAAAGUAUUCUAUCUACAGAUGCAUAGUCUCUCAGAUGAUUUCUUCUCGCCACUAACCUUUCUUUCUUUUCUUCUGACAAGCUUUGAUUUAUGCAAAACUGCACCCAAAGCCCAGCGUUGGCACCCGCUAUGCGGUGCUCUUGUUAUCCCCCGCCAUAGGCGGAGGGAUAUUGUUUUGGCGUUGUCCGUCCGUCCUUCCGUCUUUCCGUCCGUCCGGAGCCAUAUCUUGGAAGUCAUUUGGGGGAUUUCAUCGAAACUUGGUAUGAGUAUAUAUAUGGAUAAGAGGAUGAUGCAUACCAAAUGGCAUUGUAUACCAUCUGUAAAUAACGGAGUUAUGGCCCUUUGUAUCUUGAAAAAAUGCUUUUUGUGUGUGUCCGGAGCCAUAUCUUGGAAGUGCUUUAGCGGAUUUCAUUAAAACUUGGUAUGAGUAUAUAUAUCGAUAAGAGGAUGAUGCACGCCAAAGGCAUUGUACGCCAUCUGUUAAUAACGGAGUUAUGGCCCUUUGUAUCUUGAAAAAAAUGCUUUUUUGAGUGUCAAAUAUAACCCUUUUGUGUCCAGAAGCAUAUUGGCGGGGGAUAUCAAUUCAACAAAUUUGCUUGUUAUUUAUACUUCAAUAUGUAUUGCUUUUCUACUCACCGGUAUUGUGGUCAAUCUUUGACCAGCGUCCGGCGUCGUCAACUUUAAGCUCGUAACCAUUCAUUCUGAUUAAAUAGUUCAGAAUGUUUAUCUUAACAAUAUAUAGGCUGAGUUUGAAUCUGGGUUACGUGUGUUACCAUUCUAGAAGCCACAUUUAUGACUCAAACUUUUUGAAACUUUGUCAGAUUGUUUAUCAUGACAAUAUCCAGGCUGAAUUUAAAUGUUGGUCAUGUUCGUCUAAAACUUGAAAACUAAGUCAAAUCCUAAAUAUUCUUGUUCUUACGCUUACCGCCACAUGUAUUACUAAAAAUCAUUAUUGCUGUAUUGUUAUUAUAUAAAAAAUGCAUACAUGGUUUGGUUUAUAUGACUAUUAUUUUGUUGUAAUUUGCAUUGUAAAUAAAGUUAGCCAUUAAAAAAC